UGCCGCGCAUUCGACCUUUUUCCUUUGAACAGGUGAUCUUCGUCAACAACUCGCUCUUAUUUACUCAUCACCCGUUUUCCGGCGUGAUAGUUUAUUCUCUUGGAGCUCGAGUAGCCUUAGAUCUUUUAACCAUCAGUACCUUCUUUGAAGUCUCGAGGACUGCCUUUGUCCGACUAGUCUUCAUUCACUCGCGGUAGCCAUUCACGAUCCCAAGAACAUAAUUCUUCUUGUAGCUUUGACUAUCAACAAAUACCGACCUUGAUCACUCCCCUCUUGCUUUGCGCUAGGUCGAGCCACAAUCUCACUUUGCAAUCAAUCACGCUAACAGUAUUUUUAUUUCUUUAGUCAAUUAACCGAACCGCAAUGUCUGCUACUACUGCCCCCGGCGCUGUUGAUCAGCUUGCCGCCGACCUCGGCAACACCUCUCUUAAUGGCGGUGAUGCCAAGCCUACCGCCAUCAACACCAAUGUCUCCCCCGACAGUCAAGGCGACGAGGCUGAUACCGCUGGCCCAACUCCUAGUUCCGCCCAGACCCCCCACCCGGCCGCUUCCGCUUCCCUCUACGUUGGCGAGCUUGACCCUUCCGUCACCGAAGCGAUGCUUUUUGAGCUUUUCUCGCAGAUUGGCUCGGUCGCUUCCAUACGCGUUUGCCGUGAUGCCGUCACCCGUCGCUCCCUCGGAUAUGCGUACGUCAACUACAACACCACCGCCGAUGGCGAACGCGCUCUCGAGGAGCUUAACUACACCCAGAUCAAGGGUCGUCCUUGCCGCAUCAUGUGGUCUCAGCGUGACCCCAACUUGCGCAAGAGCGGCCAGGGCAACAUCUUCAUCAAGAACCUUGAUGCUGCCAUUGACAACAAGGCCUUGCACGACACCUUCGCCGCUUUUGGUAACAUCUUAAGCUGCAAGGUCGCUCAGGAUGAGAAUGGCAACUCUAAGGGAUACGGAUUCGUGCAUUACGAGACUGACGAGGCCGCUGCUCAAGCUAUCAAGCAUGUUAAUGGAAUGCUGCUCAACGAGAAGAAGGUCUAUGUUGGUCACCAUAUUCCAAAAAAGGAUCGCCAGAGUAAAUUUGAAGAGAUGAAGGCGAACUUCACCAACGUCUACGUCAAGAACAUUCAAGCUGAUGUUACCGAUGACGAGUUUCGAGAUCUCUUCGAGAAGUUUGGAGACGUCACUUCAUCGUCUUUGGCUCGUGACAACGAGGGCAAGUCUCGUGGCUUUGGAUUCGUCAACUUCACUACUCAUGAAGCUGCCGCCAGAGCGGUCGAUGACCUUAACAACAGGGAUUUCCACGGCCAAGAUCUUUACGUCGGCCGCGCUCAAAAGAAGCACGAGCGCGAGGAGGAACUACGCAAGUCAUACGAGGCUGCUCGUCAAGAGAAGGCUAGUAAAUACCAGGGCGUAAACCUGUACAUCAAGAACCUUGAUGACGAUGUAGACGACGACAAGUUGCGCCAAAUGUUCUCCGAGUUCGGCCCCAUCACUUCGGCCAAGGUUAUGCGCGACAGCAUCGGCGAGUCCGACGAUGACAAGGAAGGAAAAGAUAAGGAGAAUCAGAAGGACUCAGGUGACGAGGAUAAGGAGGAAGGCGAUAAGAAGGAUAAGAAGGGCGAUAAGAGGCUUGGCAAGUCCAAGGGCUUUGGGUUCGUUUGCUUUGCCAACCCUGACGAUGCUACGAAAGCCGUCGGCGACAUGAAUCAACGUAUGAUCAACAGCAAGCCGCUGUACGUCGCUCUAGCGCAGCGUAAGGAUGUUCGAAAGAGCCAGCUUGAGGCUAGUAUCCAAGCUCGCAACCAACUCCGAAUGCAGCAAGCUGCGGCGGUAGCCGGCAUGCCGCAGCAGUUCAUGCAACCCUCCGUCUUCUACCCCCCCGGCCAACAACCUGGAUUCCCCCCGCAAGCUGGUCGUGGCAUGCCUUUCCCCGGAAUCGGUAUGCCAGGCGCUCAGGGUGGUCGACCAGGCCAGUUCAACCCAAAUGCCUACGGAGGACCCCAGGGUGGUCGUGGUGGACCCAUACCACAAAUGCCCCCCAACAUGUACGUUCCUGGACAGUUCCCACCAGGUGCUCCAUACGGUCAGCCGGGCAACCCGCAGUUCAUGGCUGCGAUGGCACAAGUGCAGCAAACUGCCUUGGGAGGUGGACGAGGAGCCCCGGCUGGUCGUGGGCCCAUUCAGGGAAUGCCUACCAAUAUGGGCAUGCCUGGCGGCCCGGGUGGAAUGCCUGGCUACCCGCCUAACCCACGACAAGGCGGCCCUGCUGGUCGUGGUGGCAUGAACCAGCGAAAUGGCCAGGGUGGACAAUUCCCCCCGCAGGGUGGACGUGGCAUCCCCAACCAGCCGAUUGGAGGUGCACCUAGCAUGCAGCAUGACCUAACGCCUACGUCGUUGCUUCACUCGCAGUUACAAGCUCAGUCCAACAACCCACAACAGCAAAAACAGAUGCUAGGCGAGCUUAUCUUCCCCAAGAUUCAGGCUAUUCAACCUGAGCUGGCAGGCAAGAUCACGGGCAUGCUAUUGGAGAUGGAUAAUGCAGAGCUAGUCAACCUUAUCGAGGAAGAGAAUGCUCUUCGAGCCAAGGUAGACGAGGCCAUGUCUGUUUACGACGAAUAUGUUAAGCAGCAGGGCAGCUCUGAGGGUGAAGGCAGCAAGAAGGAGGAGAAGGCUGAAGAGAAGGCGUAGGUGAUGACGGUUGAACCCUUCUUUACGACCUCUUAUGAACGAUAUGAGGUCUCAAUCCUGACGACGGUUCCGGAAAAGUUAUGAUAUUGGUAGAGAGUCCAGGGAUGGACUACUCAGUAUUGAUUUCUGCAUUCUUUCGCACAUCUUACAUUUUCACCUUUCAUGCCUUCUACGAACCUUCUUCAUGUCCUUUAUGCUGGAACGGAUCUCUUCACCCCUCUUAUGUGUCGUUACACUAGGACCAUGCCUCAAGGGAUACUAUUCUCGUACUAUUUGCAUGUAUUGAUAGACUAAUUGCUCCUCGCUCGGGGCACUGGCCGGAUGGCAGAGUUUCCGGCUAGCAGGCGUUCGUGGUCACAGUCGGUUGGCCUUUUGGUACUUGUUACCUGGCACCGAACGGAAAUCAGGCGGCACCAAUGAUUCUGACACAAUACCCCCUUUUAAGGUUGCCGAUCCAGGACAUCUCAGAAUGAAGCAGAUGUUAUUCUAAAUAGGAACUUCUGAUAAUGAACAAAACACUUUAUUACAUGAAUUGACCCUUGUGAACUCUACCUUGUGCACUU